AUGAAAGGUCUUAGAGUCCAAUACAGAGCGGCCGGGGACCAGAUUCGCAAAGAAGAGCCGCUUGACAGGGCAGCACUUCAAGCCAGGGUACGGAAGCUGUUAGUCGCAGAUGACGAACUUGAAGAUCCUCGGCCUCCAAGAUCAAGGCUCAACGUUUUCGCCGUGGUGAAAAGGUCAGCAGUCAAAGUAAACAAAGCCGACAAUGACGAGGGGAGAUUCGUCAAAGGACCGAAAGCCAAAGGAGUAAAUAUCUUGGAUCCCUCUUAUCGUCCCCCCAAGGUCGACAGUGAAUCCGACGAGGACUUGGAUAUGAGAUUCGUGCCUGGUGAUCCCCCUGUCUCAGCGGGCAACUAUACCUCGCCUCCACCUUUUUCGAUUGCGAGUGUACCAUCACUCACACCGGCAACGCGACGGCCGCCCCCGGCAAGAAAGGCCACCGCGAACAAAAAGAGAGCAAAGGGAGUAAUGCAAGAUCCCUCGUAUCGUCCCCCGAAAGCGGACAGUGGUGAAUCCGAUGAGGACUCGGAUGUAGGAUUUGUACCAGGUGAUCUGCCGGGGGAUCUCCCAGUUUCAGUCCCAGUUCCAGUCCCAGCGGUCAACCAAACGUUGCCUCCAACCGUUGCGCGUACAAGUAUGCCAUCACUCACAACAGCAACGGCAACGCGACCACCGCCGCCGCGUCCAACUCCAAGCAAGCCCACCGCAGAUAAGCAACGACCUAAAGCACCACAAGCGAUGCAAGAUCUCUCGUUUCGUCCCCCCAAAUCGGACAGUGAGUCCGAUGAGGACUUGAAUAUGAGGUUCGUCCCUGGUGAUCUACCCAUUUUUGGUCAACACCAGGGGCAAGAACAGGUGCAGUUCUCACCUGAUACCAGUGUCACUGUGACGAGUGUGUCCAUAUCACCACCGCGAGCACAACCAGCACGACCACCGCGACCAUUAUGGCCCCCUCCGCCGCCACAACCGAUCCCAAGCCGACUCAAGCGCAAACGCAUAGACGAUCCGACUUAUCGGCCUUCGGAGGACAGCGAGGAAUCGAGUUUCGAAGAAGACGGAGAUGGAGAGGAAUCCGAGUCUGAUGAAGGGAUAAAAAGGCUGAAAGGCUUAGUAGUGGAUGAUGUCAAGGCCAAGAGAGUUAAGAGGCGUAAGAAGGGCAAGAAAAACAAUGCGAAGGCACCUGAGCAACCGCUGGAGGAAGAUGGGAAUGACGGCUUGGCAAAAGAAAAUGGGGCUGGGAAGCGAAAUGCAAAGAAGAAGGGGGUGUCAUUCUGGGAUCCCUCUUAUAAACCCCCAAAGGACGACGAAGACAACAGUGAGGAAGACAACAAGCUUGACGAAGCAAUCAAGGCAGUGAAAGGGCUGAUCAAUGACAAUACCGUGACAAAAGCCAAAAAGGCCAACGCGACAGUGACGGAGAAGCACCCGAAAACAUUGCAAGAUGGAGAAAAGAAUGAGAGGCUGCCAAAAGGGGGUGGCGAUGAAAGGCGAAAGCAGAACACAAAGAAGAAGGGGAAGUCCGUCUUCGAUCGUUCCUAUAGGCCAUCAGGAGAUAAGAAAGAUGACAGUGACGAGUACAGCGACGAGUGGUCCUCGAGCGAUGGCGGAACCAGACGAAGGAGAAAGAGAGCUCGCGUGCCAAAGGGUGAUCCUGGACCGAAUGGUAAAGAGGAUGGUACCGAAGUCAACGACGGUGACAAAGUCUCACCUGAGGAACCCAAAGCUCAAGACGGUGUGAAGGUCGAGGAGGAAAUCCCCUUAUGCCAAGCACCCCCAUCAAGAUGUCUCCCUCCCAAGUUCGGCAGGCGGAAGAUCAAGCAGAGGGACCGACAUAAGCCUCCCCGCGUAUAUGAUCCCUCCUACAAGCCAGGAAACACACCGUCCGACGAUGACAGCAAUAGCUUUGACUCCAGUGGGAGCUCGGAUGAGGGCAAAAAGGAACGGAGACGGAGAAGGGCCCAACCAAGAAGACGAAGGUUCCUACCGAUGACCGACAUGAAGGAAGAGGUCAUACGACGAAUGCUGGGAAGGCCUAGACAUGGAUUUGGAGCAGCUCCAGCGAUGACCGCAAGAUCCCCCGCUGACCCUGCAAUGACCUUGGCCGGAAACUUGAAGCGGAAACGCCCGCGGGUUGAAAGGCGACAGACGAGUGACCAAUGCUUUCGCCCAUCAGAAACCACUAGUGACGAGUAUAGUGAUGACUGGGAUAGUUCCGAGGAGUCGUCUGAGUUCGGUGAGGUGGGCGUGAAGGGGAAAAAACAGAGGAAGACGAAGAAGAAGGGUCGAGGAAAGACCAAGAAAGCAAAGGCCAAUGGUGAGGAAACUGUCCAAGUAUUAGCGGCAAUGACUGGGAAGGAAGACCUGCAAAAUGGGAAUCCGACUCAAGCACACGAAGCACCGCAAGGAAACGUGAAACCACGGGCAGUGAACCAGUCAGUAACAGUCCCGGUGACAAAUACAAAGACAAAACGAAGACGCGACCCACUCGACCUCGACAGCACAUACAGACCAUCUUCGGACUCCUACUCUUCCGAAUCAGAGUCUGGGUCCGGAUUCACCUCAAACCUAGACCACCCCGUUCCGACCGCCACCCCUCAAGUUAGCAACGACAUCGAAAAGUCCGAGCUCCUUUUGCAGCAAGAAGGAGAGGUAGCUGCUUCACCUGUGAGUUUGGGAGUUGAAGCCCCGCAGAUCCAGAUCGUCUCCCAGGACCCUGACAAUGUCAAAACUGCCUUCUACCCGCUAUGCCAUGGUCGUUACACACCUUGGCCGCCAGCCCCUGGGACAGUCUACUGCCAACCUUGCUUCCGGGAGCAGGUGGUAAUUCGAGGGUUGCUGAUUCGACGCGGGAUCAGUGAAACCUUGAGGCUCUUGAAGGUGUUGUUGGGUGGAGGGUCUGACUUCGGGAAAGAACUGAAUGUAGCCCUUGAGGAAAUUUUGGAUGAUGUUGAGACCGAGCAAAUGAGGAGGACACGGGUAGAAGAUUAUGGUCAGGACCAGGAGGAAAAGGUCAAGAGACAGGAAAGGGUUAGACGGGGAAAAGACACUCAAGCUGACGCCAAGCCCAUGCACUCAACACGGUCAUCCCUUCGCGAAUUGCCCGAAGAUGUCCAGACUUUCUUGGUGCUGAGGCGCCUUACCGAUCUUGUCAACUCCGCGAGAACGUCCACGGAGUCCACAGAACGUCCUUCCAUCUCCAACACACCCCAUACAAAGACGCCUUCGAUAAACUUCCCAUCAACCACCGACGCUGUCUUGCCGAAGUCUUGCUCCCAACAGCAAGAGCUGACCGGCCCGAGCCGCUACUCCUCCCCGCUCCCUUCUCAUCUCGCCCUGGUGUCAAAGGGCGAGGCUCAGAAUCGUACGGGGACUAGCAUCGGCAUGAACAUGUCUUACUUCUCCAGCAAGCACCAUCUUUCCGCAGGAUCCCACCUUCCCUGUCCGUCUCCAGGUCCACUGGACAACGCCAUGAACGUCCUUCACGACGCGCUCGGUGUUUCCACUUGGCAGGCUCGUCGACUAUGGAACCGAUAUGGAGGCUCGCGCAUCUGGGACCUAGCGAAGGUGGACUCGCUUGUCCAGAAAUCCCAUGCGAGAUUCCAGAACGGGCGUCAGGUCAAAAUGGAGUUCCCCGGGGCCGAGGGGAAAAAUUGGGAUAUAAAGGCGGGAAUGGGGAACAACGACACUGAUCAAGAUGUUAUGCAUGCGUUGGAGGGUUUGGCCGACCUAGAAAAGAAAUUCCCGAUUGCCUUUGCGGCAAAUGCGAGCCAAGAAGAGAAAGAGAGAGCCGAGAGACAGAAGGAACAAGGACGAGAUAUUGGCAUGCUGAGCUUGGGUGAAAAGGAAGGGAAGAAACGAUCGCGAGAUGAGGAUGACUACAGCUUCCUGGGUUGGGACCACAUUGGACCUCCAAGCAAGAAAUGCAAACUCACCACACCCAUCGAUUUGUUUAAACCGCAAAGCCAAGAGGCGGUGCCAUCUCAACCAUGGAUACCAGAAGAUAACAUGAACCCGAGGAUGAUCCCUUGCCAUUCGUGCUCCCGGUUCCACACUGUCAACUACAACAGUUACGCUUCUUCACGAGGGAAUAACUGCAAGGCGAUGGGCAGUAGACCAUGGGUAAAGACACUGCAAUGGGCUCUCGACAUUGGCGAGUCUGAAGCGGCCAAGUUGACGCUGAAUAACUUGUUGGACUUUAUCAGCCGGAGUGGGAAAACGGCCCAUGUGAAGAAGUCUGGGUGGGAGUUCGUGGUGCACCACCCUGGCGGCACUAACGAGGCGGAAACCAGGAUCGUCUUCCUGGAUGUUAGGCCUGGGUUGGAUAUGCAAUUGUAG